AUGGACCUGCAAGCGAUCGAUUUAAACCUGGAUCUUCUCCAAUUCCCGUUCCUGACAAUAUGCGUGACUGCUGAAACGAGAGAAGCGAUGUUUCGAAAGUGUGCCUCCAUUUCGAGGGCAUCCCCCUCGCGUCCAGCCAUCAAUACUUGUCCACUUAUUCGAGAGUGGAGAUCCACUCCGCUUGCAAGAAGCUCGCCAGCCGGGUGUCGGUUUACAUCGACGAUUCAGUUAGGACACAUCAAAGUCGCUGAUAAUGAGGGUAUACUCUACGUCAAUAAUAUCUUUCCACAUCGGCUGCAAUGGUUGUUGCGGGGUCCACUCAGCCACAUACAACCGCUUGAGGGGAUAUUGAAGCGUGUCAACAACCCCGACCUCGCAGCGUCUGAUUGUACUCACAUAAUCGAACGUGCGUUCCCGAAAGCUCUCGGUUUGGAAAUUAAAGAGAUUGUUCCAAGAUACAAAGAAGGGGGUGCGUUCGUCAAGUUUGCGCGCCAGCCUGGCGUUACCGAUGAGGAGAUCAGAGCCGCAGCUAAAGAGCAUCUUGUCAAAAACCCCAUUACUCCCUGGUUCAAUCCAUUUCAGACAGCAGAUGUCGAUAUGGUGCGAGGACGACCCUGGAUCGAGGACUUGGCUCGGAUUCCCAGCCAAACACUCAAAGUGGAAUUCUUACCGAGCUCUCCAGACGGCCGAGCCGUGGAGCUAACACAAGAGGCCAUAUACACACUUUUCCGCCCAUUUGGUAAGCUGCUGGAUAUCCAUCCACAGCCAGUCGAAUCGAAGAUUGAGCCGAGGUAUGCCAUUCUAAGAUUCAAUCAGCCCCGAUUCUCUGUCAUGGCUAGAAACUGCAUGCACGGGUUUCUUGUAUCUGAGCAGGAGGGAGGUGGAAAGGCCGGUACAAGGUUCAAGAUCAACUACGAACGCAAGAUCAAGUUCUCCAUGAUCAAAGAUUGGAUUUUCAAUCACCCUCGAAUUGUGAUUCCGGCUAUUGCGGCCUUGUUAGCUGCAAUCACCGUCAUUAUAUUUGACCCCAUACGGACAUUUUUCAUUAAAGUCAAGAUCAAGUCUACAUUCCAAGCGGAGGAGAAUGUCAUCGUCCAAUGGGUUCGGAAGCAGGUCAGCAAAGCUAAUAUGAUUUACUUUGGGCAUCGGAGGGCAGACCCGCGCGGGCUAGCAGCUAUCUGGGAGGACCGACAGAAGGACAUCUCGCAGCUGCAAGCUUGGUUGACAGAAACUGUUGAAACAUUUAUUGUGAUAUAUGGACCGCGUGGCUCUGGAAAGCGGGAGCUUGUUCUGGAUCAGGCACUGAAAGAACACAAGUACAAAGUUGUCAUUGACUGCAAACAGCUCCAGGAUGCUCGUGGUGACACUGCGAAAAUAUCCCGAGCAGCUGCGCAAGUUGGCUAUCGACCGAUAUUUUCCUGGAUGAACAGUAUCAGCAGCUUUAUCGACUUGGCUGCCCAGGGUAUGAUUGGUACCAAGGCCGGGUUUUCUGAGACCUUGGAUGCUCAACUCAGCAAAAUCUGGCAGAACACAGCCGUGGCUUUGAAGCGUGUCGCAUUGGAGGGGAGAAGAAGUGAAGACAAGGACUCCACUUUGACUGAUGAUGAGUAUCUCGAAGCUCACCCCGAGAAAAGACCUGUGGUGGUCAUCGACAACUUUUUGUGUGACUCGGAAGACAGCAUUGUACUCGACAAGCUCACUGAAUGGGCGGCCGGAUUAACAACCGCCAAUAUAGCCCAUGUCAUUUUCCUUACGACAGACUCAUCUUUUGCAAAGCCACUCAGCAAAGCUCUUCCAAAUCAAGUAUUCCGUACCAUUGGCUUAGGUGAUUGCUCUCUCGAAGUUGGUCGUCGUUUCGUCAUGAGCCAUCUGGAUUCUGAAACAGAGGGUGGAGCUGGCGGGCCCAGAGAUAAAGCGAAAGAAAAUCUUGAUGGAUUGGAUGCCUGCAUCAAGAUCCUUGGCGGCCGUGUUACAGAUCUUGAGUUCAUGGCGCAUCGAAUCGAGGCGGGAGAAACUCCAGAAGCCGCAGUGGACCGAAUUAUUGAGCAGUCCGCUUCGGAGAUCUUGAAGAUCUUCAUUCUGGGCACAGAGUCGGUCACGCCGCAGUGGGCCCGCGAACAAGCUUGGUAUCUUAUCAAAUCGCUAGCUAACUCCGAGGAUGGUGCUUUACUGUACAACAAGAUUCUCUUGUCAGACCUAUUCAAGGAUAAUGGAGAAGCCACUUUGCGAGCCCUGGAGCAAGCCGAACUCAUCUCUGUCGGAUCAGUGAAAGGUUUCCCACGGUGGAUUAAGCCGGGCAGGCCUGUCUACCGGGCAGCAUUUAAGCGACUUAUCGAGAACAAGACCUUGGAGGGUCGUUUAGAUCUAUUGAUUCUUGGUGAGCUCAUUGGCAAGGAAAAUAAAAGUAUCGGCAAGUAUGAGGAAGAGCUGCAAUUGCUCGGAUCGCUGCCGAAGCACCCAUGGGAAUUGACAUCCAGGAUUGAAUGGCUCUUAAGCAAAAUCCAGGGCUCUCAAUCCAAAAUUCUCAAGUAUGAGAAAGACAGUGCGACUUUGACGAAGAUGCUUCAAAGCGAGAAAUAA